AUGGGUCAAAAAAGAAUAACAUUCAACAUCUCUACAUCAUUUGAAGUUCAACAGCUACUUGGAGAAGGUGCUUAUGGUGUGGUUUGUCUAGCAUUACAUAAACCAACUGGAACAAAAGUCGCCAUAAAAAAGAUUCAACCGUUUGAAAGAUCACUAUUCUGCGUUAGAACACUAAGAGAAAUCAAAUUACUAAAGCAUUUUAAGCAUGAAAAUAUCAUUUCGAUAUUUGAUAUUCAAAAACCUGGUUCAUUUGAAGAUUUUAAAGAAGUUUAUAUUAUUCAAGAAUUGAUGCAAACAGAUUUACAUCGUGCAAUUAUUUCACAAAGGUUAACUGAUGAUCACGUUCAGUAUUUCAUUUAUCAAAUCCUUAGAGGCUUGAAAGCACUACAUAGUGCAAAUGUUAUUCAUAGAGAUUUAAAACCAUCUAAUCUAUUAUUGAAUGCUAAUUGUGAUUUGAAAAUUUGCGAUUUUGGUUUAGCUAGAAUUGAUGAACAAAAACAAGGAAACUAUGCCAACUCCCCAGAGAAUAAAGGCAUUAGCAUGAUGACUGAAUAUGUUGCCACUAGAUGGUAUAGAGCACCUGAAAUCAUGCUAACAGCUUCCAAAUAUACAACAGCUAUUGAUGUUUGGUCUGUUGGAUGUAUACUAGCUGAAUUGUUGAUGGGUAAUCCAUUAUUUCCAGGAAAGGAUUAUAGAGAUCAAUUGAUUAUGAUUUUCAAAGUUUUGGGGACACCAACAGGUGAAGACUAUCACAGUAUCAGAUCGAGAAGGGCAAAAGAAUAUAUCAGAUCAUUACCAUUUUAUAAAAAAGUUCCUUUUCAAAAGAUUUUACCAUAUGUUAACCCACUGGCAAUUGAUUUAUUAUCCAGAAUGUUGACAUUCAACCCAUCCGAAAGAAUCACAGUGGUAGAGGCGUUGGAACAUCCAUAUUUGGCUACAUAUCAUGACCCAACAGAUGAGCCAGAAGCACCACCUAUUCCACAAGAAUUUUUCCACUUUGAUAAGAUGAAAGAUCAAUUAUCUGUUUCUGAAUUGAAAAAGAUGUUGUAUGAUGAAAUUAUGAGUAGAUAA